AUGUAUGGCCGUACCGGUGAAUUUGUGCACAUGAACGACCUUGAAUUAUCCUCGAAAGAAAAAUCACCGAUGAUGGGCGAAACAGUGGAUCCCCAAGCAUCAAGGCCAGAAGAGCUUCCCAAAUUGUGUCACAUCAAGAGUCGUAAUCGAUCUCGUCGGUCUCCUCAGUAUACCUCACCUUGCAGAGAGUGA